CCUCUGACUGGAACGCACAUUCUGUUCAAUGCAAUGCGGUGGCGUUUUGCAUAAGCUUUACAUAAACAACACUUGAAAAUAUGUCACGGUUGACAUUUUUACAGAUAUAUCAUUUUAACCGGUAUAUCAAUGAAUGCGCUAAAUCUCCGAACAGUGCACAAACAUUCUGUCCAAUAAGGGGACAGUUCGCUUACAUGUGACUUUUAUUUACACAGUUUUGGUCCGUUUUGAAACGUUGCCUUGAGAAAGCGAACCGAACCUAGAAAAUGCAACAUUGUGACAAAUUUAGCUCCUGUUUCGGAUCAAACCAAAUGAGCUACAGGUCUGAAAACGCCCUUAGAUUGUUCUACAGUACAUUGCUAUAUACGUUGAGCUGUGCUAAUCAAUUCAUAAUGCAUUCAGGAUGCUUGCAUUUACUGUGCUAGCUAGUUUUAGCUAAUACUAGCUAGGUAGGUUCCUUUUACUUUAAGUAUUUAUGUCGAGCUUACAUGGUAAUCGUAAAUUCAGCUGAAGACUUAAAUUUAAAGUUAAUUUAAAGUGUCAUCAAAUUGUAUUAGUUAACUCACUCCUUUCAAGUUAAAAGCAAUUAACAUGCAUGUGUAGCACAAAAUCAAAAUCUGAAAGUUCUAUUCACAAACAAUUUGAUGAAAAUGAUUGCCUCAAAUUUGUUGAGUUCUACUAACUUAUUAGGGUUUACGCUGAAGGGUUAAACAAGAUUUGUUUGUAAAAAUGCAGGGAAAACCUUGGUAGAUACACUUUUUGAGAGAGUGAAUGAUUCACAAGUAUCGAUUAACAAAUGUCCAGUGUUGCAAAAGAACUUGAACUAGACGUGGACCUGGAAAAUCCUUGUUUACAUGUUGACUAAUGUAAUAUCCUUUUUGGGUUAUAAAAGCAAGAUCAGCACUGCAUGUUAAUAAAGAAGUUGAAGGUUUCACCUCAGGAACUUCUUACAAAGAACCUGACUCUUGUCACAGAUAUGGACACUUAUUAUUUUCUAAAACUUGCAGCUGUACUCAUCUGCUUUGCCCAUGUGCAAAACAGAGUCUCGCACCCAGGACGUUGCAGACAUGUCUCAAGAUCUGAUGAGGUCCGCAUCAUUUGUCUUUAUGUUAACUUCACACGCAUACCUAGUAAGGCUUUUCCGGUUAACACUACGUACCUCAGUGUCCGCUUUAGCAAUUUGAGCUCCAUAACGUCAGAUGACCUGAAGACCUUUUCCCAUCUGAGGGACCUUGAUCUGAUUAAAACCCAGCUGCGUACAUUACCUGCUGACCUGCUGAAGGGCCUCUCUAAUCUUCACGGGUUAGACCUUACAGGUAACAAACUGACAGCUUUGCCAUCACAAGUGUUUUAUUAUUCUCCUCUUGUGGAUCUCACACUCUCAAAUAACCUGCUCUCUGAGGUAGAUGCUGACUGUGUGCCUGUAAAUAGCUCUAUCCAGAGGUUGGAUUUAUCGUCUAACAAAUUCACCCAGUUACCUGUUGCCUUCCUGCAAAGACUAAGCAAUAUUGAGAGCAUAGACUUUAGAAACAACCAGCUGGAAGAGCUGGCCUCUGGAGUGCUGAACUCCCUGUCCAAACUUGAGUCUCUGGACCUGGUGAACAACAAACUGAAGUCCAUAGAUGCAUCAGCCUUUCAUGGUAACCCGAAACUUCGCCAGUUGUUCUUAGGUGGUAACCGUUUGGAGAGUUUGCCUGCUGGACUCUUCCUUAAGCAGAGUGAGCUUGUUUUCCUUGACCUCAGCAACAACUACCUGAAAAACCUGUCUUCAGGUAUAUUGGAAGGACGUUUGUAUACAGUAUUUUCUGGUAAUCCCUGGCACUGCAACCCUGGUUUGGCACAUCUAUGGCAUUGGUUGUGUAAGAAUGAAAAUAGACUUUUUCAUGGUGAUAGGGUCAUUUGUCAAACACCUGAACACCUGAAGGGUAGAAACAUUACUACAAUUUCUGCCACAGAGCUUGGGUUGAAAAAGUAAGUGAAUUACAGAUAGACAGAGUCAUAAUUACAUAUUAUAAAACAUUGCCAGAUCUUACCAUGUGAUUAUUUUUACCAGCAAUAGGGAUGGGAAUCGUUAGGAAUUUAACGAUUCCGGUUCCGAUUCCUCUUAACGAUUCUGGUUCCUUAAUGGUUCCGGUAACGAUUCCAGUACUACUUUUAGUACUUUUGAGGAAGAAUUAUUUGAAUAUGAGAAAUGCAAUUCUUAUUGGAUUUACUCUCCUCUACAGUCUGUUGCCAAAUGAUGAGAUCUUUUAAGAUUUCUACAGAGAAGAUAUAACAAAUCAGAAAUAAAUUUAAUACAAUUCUUGUAAAAGGUGUAUUUGCUGACUUUUUAGAGACAUAAAUUAUAUCCAAUACAAUAAUUGAUCCUAACUAGGCUAUAUCUGGACUGUAUCUUAACAAACAAGGAAUGUGAAAAAAAUAAUAAUAAAAAAAGAGAUUAUUUUAUCAUAUGAACAACCAGUCAGUAACUGCACAGCUUGAUUAAAGUUGCACAAGUCUAAAGUCACAUGACAUAACAGUAAGAGUUCCAGAGACAGUUAAGCCUGUGUUCUGCUGUCUAAGUUGUACUUCAAGCUUGUGAGACUUCAACAGUUCUUAUAUAAUUUCGAGUUGGACAUUCUUAACUUGCACAUCAGUGUAAGAUACCAGACUAGACCGGAAGCGCUGUAUGUUUCGUGCUUUAGAUUCAAAAGAAUCGGCUCAUAUGAGUCAUUCUUUCGGCAAUCGGACCAUACCGGAAGCGCUGUCUGUAUCGCACUGUAGAUUCAACAGAGCCGGCUCAUAAGAGUCACUUAUAAGUGUUUUACAGUUUUGACCCAGCAGAGGGCAGCGCUGCUGCAGAAAUAUUCUGCUGGAAACACUCAGAGUAUUUCAGUAUGGUGUCCCAGCUGCAUCGGCAGAAAAAUAAAGCAGGGGAACUGUUAACAGAACCGAAAGUCACAAAGAUCAUCCGAUUCUAGUAAUUUGUAAAGAAUGGAACAGGUUCUGAACAAGAACCGAUUCUCGGUUCCCAACCCCGACCAGCAAUCACAUUCAGUCACACGUUUUUUUAAACUUCAAUACAUUACAAACUGUGAGAUGUUAAAGAAAUAGUUCACCCAAAAAUGAAAAUCUCUUAACAUUUACUCGCACUCAUGUCAGUCCAGAUGUGUAUGACUUCCGCAGAACACAAAUGUUUAGAUUAGAAGAUAUAAAUUAUUUUAUAGAUAUAGUUAUUUCUUUUAGAAGAAUAUAUCAGUUCUGUAGGUUCAUACAAUACAAGUGAAGGGUGACCAACAUUUUGAAGCUCCAAAAAGCACAUAAAGGCCACAUAAAGGAAAUCCAUAAGACUCCUGUGGUUUAAUCCAUGUAUUCUGAAGAGAGCCAGUUGGUUUUAGGUGAGAACAGACCAAAUUACAACUUCUUUUUCACUAUAAAUCUUGACAUCAGCAGUUUCCUUGGCAAUCAUGAUUUCAAGCUCGAUUACACUUCUUAGCGCCAUCUAGGGCUCUGUGCAUGCAUCAAGCACUAGGAAGUGUAAUCAAACUUGAAAUCAUGAUCGUGCCUAGAGACUGCAAUAGCAAGAUGUACAGUGAAAAAGGAGUUACAUAUUGGUCCCCAUGAAUUCAGAAUUGGAGUUUUGUGGCUUUUAGUCAAUGUCUAUUAGCUUUGAAGCCAUCUAUAUGCUACUGUACUCCUAAAAGUUGACAAAAAGAUAUUUUAGCAAUGUAUACCAAUUUAAAAUUUACUGUGUUUCUGUUCCAUCUUGCACUUCACAGAUUUUGUCCAUUGUCCAACAUUAUGUCCCUCCCCCUCAUUUUUUAUAGGAAAUACAUCAACAUAGAAAAAAUAAACUUCGCUCGUCAGGUGAUUCAUUGGUGUUUUAAGUGUUAUUAUUCGGGGGUUGAUAUUAAGCUAUUUUUAAAGAUAGAAAAACUGUUGUUGUUUGUUUUGUUUUUUGAACAGCAGAGAGAACUAAACUCAAAUUUACAAGCGCACGUGUCCUGUGAAUUAUGCGGAUGCAGAAAAAGUAAUACGUUUAAAAAGACAGCCAUUAUGUUAACCUUCAGACAUAAUUUUCCAAAGAAAAUAAAAGUGUCCAUCUGUUUAUGACAGCUCUGCCUAUUAUCACUUUUGUCACAAGAUUACAAACAAAAAUAGUAUGUCUUGUUCUUUUUCUCAUAUUUUUCCAUUCUUUUUAUCUCCGUCUGUUUGUAUCUCUUGAUUUCUCAUGUACUGUCCUUAUAAAUCCCCAGUGUAUCUGAAUGAAAUGUUUUACAGAGUGUAUUGAGAGGAUAGGAGAAUCAGUUUGCCCUUGUUCCAACUUCUGCCCUAUGUACCCCUAUUCUUUCAUUUCCCCUGUAUUUUUUUUUUUCCAGAACAAAUAAAUGCAUUUUCAUACGCUUUACUAGAAGACAAACACACAGUGGCUGUAUCUCAAGCGCAGUCUUCAUACUGAAAGCACUUCCAAAGCUCAAUAUACUUACAGUAAUGACAUACCAUCCUUUAUUCAUGAGACAUAGCAUUACUCUCUCUCUCGUGUUCUAUGUUUGGGCCUCAUACACAUGAGUCUAUAAUGGCAUUAUGUCCAGGGCUUCAAAAAUGUUAUUUAUAUAGUUAAAUAUAGCAUUAAUGUAAAAUGACAAAAUAUGUUAAUUCAUGCAGGAAAGGACCUGAGAUUGUUUGUUUGUUUAGUCUGUUAACAGACUUUACUGUUACAGUGUGUGUACAUACUGGACACCAGCCUUGUUCACUUGUGCCAAAACCAUGAGUUUACAGAGAAUUUUUGUGCUUUAUUAAGCUUUGUGCAUUUGCAUUUCUGUAUUUGCUGAUGUCUGGGUGGCAGGUGUCUUGGUCUGUAUGUAUUGCAUCCAAAUUUGACAUACUGUAUUUAGAGAAAUAGCAAAUAUGUAAGAAAUAUGAGAAAAGGGGGACUGCAGACUGUAAUUUGAAUGUGUUAUUUUAAGGAGAACGUGGGAGCGUACAUGGAGGAGCAAGGCAAGCGCUUCCACCAGGAUAUACUGGACUUUGAACGCAGCUACCAAGGACAGUAUAACGAGAACAUGAUGGGAGACUAUAUUUGGGGGCUGAUUUGUGAAAGUGAUUUACAGUAUAAUCAUAAAUCUUGAAAAAACUA